GGGCAGUCUAUCAGCUGACGGCCGGGAGCGGUGCGGCCGGUCGGUCGGUGCUGCCCCGAGAUGACCACGGCGCUGACCCAGGGGCUGGAGCGGAUCCCCGACCAGCUGGGCUACCUGGUGAUCUGCGAUGGAGCCGUGCUGGCGUCGGCUGGUGACCUGGAGAAUGCCGAGCACACGGCCGGGGUGAUCUCGGAGCUGGUGGCCACGGCCUGCAGCUUCCGGCUCCAGCGUGGCCCCGACCCCCCAUUCAAACGCCUCUCGGUGGUGUUCGGGGAACACACCUUCCUGGUGACCGUCUCCGGCCAGAAGAUCUUCGUGGUGAAGCGACAGAACCACGUGCGGGAGCCGGUCGCCGUCUGAGCUGCGGGGGCGGCUGGCUGAAAUGGGGGGAGGGCUCCCCUUGAGUUCCUGACUUGCCCUGGCUUGACCUGUGGGGGUGUCACAGGGGCUGGUUGGGGACCUGCCCAGCUUUCCCCUGGCAGCACCUGCCCCCCUUGGCUGCCUGAAUGAAGCCUCUGCACCUGCCUGGCCUAGCGGGGUGGGGUCCCCCCACUUCACGAGGGCCCCCUGCUGGGACAGGAGUGCACCAGAGACCCCCCUACAAACACCCCCACCCUGCGGGGACAGGAGGGGAGGCUGCAGCAGCAUCUGUGGGGCUUCCUUGACAUUUGGGGUCAGGGGAAAUCGGCCUCACUGUAACUUCAGAGAAUAAAGUGUCUUUCCUCGCUG